CCGCCGCUCAUGUUCUCGACGGGAACUGCCUCGUUCUCGGCUGCAAGCCUGUCAAGCGUCCACCGCGCGAUUUCGGAACGCGCAAAAGUACUUAUGGGGGCUUCGAACUCGUCCGAUUUCUCUUCUCAUCGAACCCCAACAACCCUGCCAACCCCACUAUAUGCUACGCACACUAGCCGCCCCUGCCGCGCUUGCCGUCGUCCGGUCUCAACAACUCCAGCGUGCUGGUGUCUGCCUCGCUGCGGCUGCCGCUAAGCGGCGCAUCGCGUCUUCGGCGAACCCGAACAGCGCACACUACGGGCCUGAUGACCCUCGUCAUUCGCCCUUCCUGAAGGACCUCAUCGCCGCUGCUGGCGUGGGUAUCGUCGCUUAUACCGGCUACGCGUUGUGGUCGCCUCGCGACUCGCACGCGCACCUGCCUAAUUCCUCUUGGAUAUCGGGAGAGCCAUCCCACUUCCUACCUGUGAUACAGCCCUCGGAGGUCGCGAAACACACGUCUCGCAACGAUUGCUGGGUGAUCUUCGACGGGGAGGUGUACGACGUCACGAAUUUCCUCGACAAGCACAGCGCAGGCGCCGAGUCGAUCCUGAAGAACGCUGGGAAGGAUGUCACGCCGAUGUUCGUGCACUUCCACAAACCCGGAACGAUCGAUAAGCUGCCCGCUGAGUGCCACAUUGGCACGCUACCUGUCGCUGCGCCACCAGUCUCCGAGGAGCAUCGAGUUCGCCCCGACAAGGAGGACGUCCUCAAGUUCUUCUCGGCCUUGUAAGUGACUUUCAUAAAGUCUGUAUUUGUACGUACCGGAUAUAUGGUUGUGAAUACUCGAAGGACUGGAUAUGUACCAUAGCACUAAUCAUCGCACCUGUAUAUCGAUACCAAACACUGUUUCAUUCGCACUUG